GUCAGGCAUUGUCAAUCCUCUAAAUCAGUCUUGCUUCAUAUAUCUCAUUGGGACACUAUUUUUUCAUUGACAAAAACCAACAAAAUAUCUACCGGUAUAAAAAAAGAUGUCAUAUUAUAUAUCGCGCCUGCUGAAGGCGCAAGCCGCUUCCAAGCGGCUUAUAUCUAAUUUGACCCAGCGCGAGGGCAAGCAUUCCUUGUGGCGUCAACUUGGAUUGCAGCAAAAGGGAGGAUCAACUGCUACCAAACCGCGUGCCAUAUCCACUUCGCAGGUGCAAAAGUCGGUGUUGAUUGAUGACGAUGAACUGGCGACAGGCAUCCAGAAGCGCGAAAUGGAGCUGGUCAAACAAGGCUGUGACGAUCCCUGGGGCUUUAGGCAGAUCAUUAAGCGUGGCACUGGGAGAGAGAACGAUCCAACUGUGAUUCCCUCUGCAUUCGACGCUCGUCUCGUCGGCUGCCUUUGCCUAGACGACCGUCAACCAAAGUGGAUGUGGAUCGAGAAGGACGAGGGUCCAAAGCGGUGCGAAUGUGGACAUUUCUUCGUGCUGAAGAACGUAUCACCGGUCUACUAGAUGUAUCACACAUAGAGCGCUGUACAAAGACAUAGAACAAGCAUCACUGCCACUCGACAUACACUGGGACUCUACGAUUGUUCCAAGUCACAAUAGGGAUUAAAAACAUUGCAUGAUAUUAUCAAAACAAA